CAACGCGAGUUGGUUGCCAAGACCGCUGUAAUGCGGCGUAUCUCCUUGAAUUUCCACUCGUUCCCCCUCAGAGUCCCAGCCAAUUAAACCAAUUCUUCAAAACGUUCGUGUGUAUCGAGCAUUCAAGCAUUGUGAGCCUGUCAAAACGGCUGUGCCAUGUAAGAGGGCCCGAUAAAUCGUGUCCAACGCGAUUUAGUCCUCUGAAUAAUCGUAAAUAAAUUCCCAGUGUGAUUUAACCUCUUCAAUCAUUGAUAAGAACCCUUAAACUUGAUAAAUGAGGUGAAAUAACAGCGGUUGGAUCGCAUUUAGCGACGGAGUGAUGGUGUUUGGUGUCGAGUGCGGUUGUUAUCGUGAAGAAAAACCAAAAGUUUCGGUUGUGAGUGAUAAAACACGACUGGAACACCUGACAAAAUAAAAAAUUGCAUUGAAGAAUUUGAGUUUGUGGGAGAAGUCAAUUGGUUAUUGAGUGUCAUCGACGAUAAUUAAUGAAGCUUGAUGAGAAAUGUGAAGUGACAGUCGACCAAGUGACAUCAGUAACAACAAUACCCUCUUUUUUAUAACUUUUCCGGCGAUUGUAACCGGUUUUUUUAUUGUUUGGAGACGAAAGGACAUCGAGGACGUCUAAAUAUCUGGAAAGGACAGAACGAGCAGUUGAAUUGCUUUAUUUUGAUGAUUUAUCUCUUCAAUUAGAUCCUUCACAUCAAUUUAUUCAUUGAUUGGAAGAGACGAAUGUAAUAGGUGCCUGCGGCUAAUUUUUCUUUUAUUGUAUGUGAAGAAUACAAUAGUGGGUAACAAUGACGGCGAUGUUGGUGUCUGUCGCUGAGCUCUCGAAUAUUUUCUCCGUUCUCGCAGUAUUGAUAUGCUUCUGCGGGGUUGUACUGUUUAUCAUGAGGAAUAUGAUGGUCCUCAGAGUACACGGGGACGACCUCAUGUUUGGAGGUAACGGCGGGGUCAUGUCACACUCACCCAGAAUACCACAAAUGAAGAUGAUGAAGGUCCACAUACCGUUCACCUUCAAACUGCACGAGAGUUCCAAGAGUACCUACGCCGAAGUUGAAUGCGAAGUGUCGAGUCAAGUGGAGUACUCCAUCCAGGCGAUCUGGGGUGUCAGUAUUCGAGAAUUACAUUUAGCAUUGUGGAAACCUUGGAAUGCAUUGAGAGACGCCUCAUUGAACGGUACUCUUCUCCAAGGCCACGCUCAAUACCUCACACCACCAGAAACUAGGCAACCCCACGGUGAAGAAACCCUGAGACUGUCACUUCCAGCGCCCGAGUUAGAGCUGGGAACACCUCCCAGACUCUGCUACCCACUCGUCAUAUUCCUCACGCGAAAAGACAACAGAGAUCCCCAUCCAGACGAGACAGUCGCUCUGGUGAAUGUCGUGCACAUUAAAGAUAGCGUGUGCACACUGCCGACCUCAAUUCUCGCGCAGUAUCUGAAACAGGCCAACGGCCAGCUGUCCUGCUUGAAGCAAUUAUACCUGGCAACUGGAAACUCAACAAAUUACGACGAGGGUGACGUCUCGUCAGGCUUAGGGCCAGCCCUAGCCCUGGCAGAGCCCUGCAACAAUAACGGCGGAGCAUCAAGAGGAGCUCUGGUAGCAUCUGGCGCUGGUGAUGCCGAGGGCUCUUUAUGGAACACAGCGGGUGAACAGUUGUGUGUAGUUUGCCAAUAUUUCCCAUUAUCGAGAGCCUUAUUGCCCUGUCGACACACGUGCAUAUGUGCCUCUUGCUUUGGCAAAUUGGAUAGGUGUCCAAUGUGUCGCAGCCCCAUUAAGAGUUACUUCUGCAUCAGGGGUGAGGAGUACAUGCCACCGGAGAAGGAGAUGAAUCCUUGUAAACAGAGACAAGCGACACAUGGACCUUCUCACUGGCUCCACGACUGGAACGACAGGCUUACGGACUUCCUCGGUUUUGCUCGAUAAAAGUUUAAUAUUAUACUUUAGGGUGAAAAAACGUCCAAUUCAUCUGUCCCGAAAAUCAUUAGUUUUGAAAUCUGUUUUUUUCUUUUUUGAGGGAAAUAGGGAGAUUGUCCAGGCUUUGACUAUUCACAGCUGAAAUCGUUGAAUUCGGCGAGAUAAUUUUUUAAAUUACAUUGAAAUCUUUCAAGUGUCAAACCGUAUAGACCACAUUCAUAUGAGUUCCAUUCAAAUUUAUAAAAUUAUUUUAAAUAAAUGAGGAAUUCCACGCCAAAUUAGUCAACCGCUGACCCUCACCGUCUCGGAAAUUAAUGGCGAUUUUUUCUACGCAAGGGGGGGGGGGGCUGAAAUCUAUCUCUGAAAUUUUUUCAGACUUUUUCGGCAGCCGAGUUCGGAGAUAUGUUUUUUUUUAUUUUUCCAUUUUUUCCAAUAACUCGAGUUCGAUUUGUCCGAUUUUUAUUUAUUAAGCGUCAAAAUUUUCCAUUUUUUACCACUUAUAUGAAUAUUUUUAGUAAUUUUUUUUCGAUUCCUAAGUGCUCAUAAUGACGAACUUUCGAAAAAAAAAGUUGAAAAGUUUGAAUUUUGCAAAUUACGUCACG